UAUCACUAGUCACUGCCAUAACCCCACCUUGCGAACCUUCCGUUGACUAGCCUGGCAGCAAGAAACAACAAGAAGCCCGAACUAUACAGCAUUUCCAGCAGCAAUAGGGAGCCUGGAGCACAGGACCCAGGUGACAAGCGAAAGCAGUACCCGCUGGCUACUCAGCACCUACGCGUUGCCCUUGCCGGCCUUGCAUCUCCCGCUGAAGCAUAGGCAUGGACAAGGAGGAGGAGCCCCGGUCCUCGCUGGACACCGGUGAGGAGCUCACGUAUCAGCGCAACUACCGCAGCACUGCCGGAGGCAAGGGCAGCAACGGCUCUGAUGCAGAGGACGACGGCGAGGACGACGACACGGGGGAGGUCCUGCGCUACAACUCGGUGUACACGCCCCGGGGCAUUUCGCAAAAGGCCUUCGGGGCGUAUACCUCUGAUGGCGGCGGCGUGUCCUCGCACGGGGGUGCUGGCCCUGGCUCGUCGGUCCCCACGGGCCUGACCCCACGCGCCGGCAACUCCUCUUAUGCGCCGUUCCGCGGCCUCAAUGGCGAUGACAGCGGCUCCUAUAUUGCCGGUCAUGACGCCGGUGACACAGGCGAGGCUCCGGGUGCUUACGACGAUGAGGACGACGACGAGGACGGCGACAUUGAUGAGGGCUUCGCGCGUGCCGCCGCGCUGGUGCGGCAUGUGUCCAUCUCCACACGCAACGCGGCGGCGGCGGCCGCCGCCACGGCGGCCCGCACAGCGGUGCUGUCUGAGCGCAUCAGCUCGAGGCUGAGCCCCGCUCAGGUAGAGCGUGCCUUCCAGGUGCUCGAGGCGGAGCGCCAGGCCUCGGACGGCGGCGCUCCUGCUGCAGCAAGCCACGGCGCCGCAGGCAGCGAUGGGCACGUGGCAGCUGAUGCAGUGGCGCCUGCAGCAAACCUUGGGUUUGGGAACGAUGACGGGGCUGCGUGGGGUGCUGGGUACAGCAACAACGGGAGCGCGGAGCCGGCGGCUGUGACCGCUGCCAUGGCCGAGACGGUGCACGAGGCGGGCGCGCCGUUUGGACUCGAUGCCAAUUGGUCCACUGCUAUGGACAGCGUGCCUCAGGAGUACCCGGCCUCAACCAAGUCGGAAGCAGCAACGCCAGUGGCUGGCAACGACCCCUUCGGCGACGCCGACGAUGCUUGGGGCAACAGCUCACAGCCGGUGGCGGCCGCGCCGCAACGCAGCAACAGCUUUGGCGGCGUGGCAUUAGACCAGGAAGACACCGCCAGCUCGGCCUGGCCCGCUACGGCCACCAGCACCGCGACCGCAACCACUCUCCAACAACACCACGGAAGUGCGGGUGCGGGCGAGUCAGGGCUGAUGACCAUGACGGCAUGGUCCGGCGUGGACCUGGCAGACGACGGCGCUGCUGCUGUGCCCAGCUCCGGUGCCCCGGCAGUUGCGGACGCGGACCCCAGUGAUGGCUUUGGCGACAGCGCCCCGCCUGCAUGGGGCGCGAGCCUGGCGCAACCGGCACGCGCGUCAGAGCUUGAGGGGCCCAGCCAUGAGGCGGAGCAGUCGCUGCUGUCGCAGUGGCCGGAGCGACAGGAGGAGGAGCCCGGUUUGGAAGCAGCCGCGUCGGCGGACCUGCACGGCGCAGUGGCGGCCGCGCGCGGCUCCUCCGCCGGCGACAAUUCCAGCGACUCUGUCAACCUGCAGCCCGACGACUACCGCAUUGCGGCGGCCGCCGGCCUGGUCAGCCCCGAGCUGGCGGCGCUGCUGGGCGUGCCGGUGUCCAGCCCGGGGGUCUCGGCAGGCGGGGCGUCGCCAGGCGGCGACGUGGCCUCCAACGGCGGCGCGGCGGAGAUGCCUUCACUGUCGCGGGGCCUGGACUCCUUCCGGGACACGCAGGCCGCAGCCGCGGAGGAGGACGACCACAUGCUGGAGGAGCUGGCGGCGGCGGAGGCCGCGGCCGAGGCGGCGGCGGUGGCAGCGGACGCGGCGCGCAUUGCGGAGGAGCGCGAGGCGCGGGAGCGGGUGAGCACGACACCGGCGGCGGCGCGUGAGGUGCAACCGGACCUGGCGCCGCUGCAUUACGUGGACUCGGGCGGCCUGGUGGCGGACCUUAUCUCGGAGCCGGUGCCGCCCAGCGCCCCUGUCCCCGUGUCCAUGCCUGCUGCCGCAGCGGCGAUGCCGACACACGCUGCCAAGGCCGCCGCAGCCCCAGCUGCGGGACAGCGCCGAUCGGCGGCGGGCACACUAGAGCGCAUUGCCACGGUGGGGCGGCACUCGCUGGAGCGUGACCCCUUCGACGCAGGCGACUCGGACGACGACAUGGGGGUGGAGGACGUGCCGCUGACGGAUUCCAGCUCGCUGUCGCACCACACUGAAGCCGCGGCUGCAGCUGCGGGGGACGUAGCAGCAGCGCCGGCUGCUGCACGCGCGGCAGCAGCGCCGCCGCCGCUGCAUCAGCAGCCACAACAGCACACGGAGCAUCACCGCAUGGGCGGUGUUGGCGCUGCUGCUGUCGCCGUGGGCGCGGGUGUGGCGGCGCUAGCAGGCGCCGCUGCGGCCAUGGCGGGCAGGGCUGUGCCGCAGGGAGCUCUUGGCGCGGCGGCACCACCUCCUCAGGUGCAGCAGCAGCCUGGCCAGCAGCAGCGGCAGAUGGGACCUCACGGACUGGUGCCUGCAGCUGCAAUGGCAGCCGGUGCGGCGGCAGCGGCAGCUGCUGCAAGCUCGCAGCCGCACACCCCGCCGCAGCCCCGUGGACAACAGCCUGGUGCUUCGCCACUGCUGCCGACCAGCGUGCGGCCCAGCCUCUCGCCCGGCACACCUCCGGGCGCCGCAGCUCAGCAGGGCCCGCCGCCGCCCUACAGCGGCUACCCGCCGCAGGGCAGCCCGGGGCCGCACCCCGGCGCGCCGCGGCCGCCCAUGCAGCAGCCGGGUCCCGGUGGCCCAGCCAUGGGUCCGCCAGGUCAGCCCCACGGCCCUCAGGGGCCUAUCGUGCAGCAGCCGGGCGUUCGGCCGCCACAGGCCGGCCCUGUGCCGCCGCACGCCAUGAUGGGGCCCAUGGGUCCCGGCGGCCCGAUGGGGCCGGGCGGGAUGGGGCCGCGCCCGAUGGGCCCGCCGCAACCGGGCAUGGUGAUGGGGCCGGGCGGGCCGCGCCCUGCCAUGGGGCCACCGCCGCCGGGCAUGCAGGCUGGACCGCGUGGGAUGCCGCCGCCAGGCAUGAUGAUGAGACCGCCCAUGCCGCCCGGCGCGCGGCCGCCCAUGGGCCCGCCGCCACCGCCCUCGCCCUUCCCCGGCCUGCUGUACACUGAGGGCCGCGACGCGCUGGGUCGGGCGGUGGUGGUGUUGAACACGGCCAUGCUGCCGCCCAAGAGCGCCAAGGUGAAAAAGGAGGACAUCCUGCAGUACGUGCUGCAACAGUUGAUGCCGGUGGUGCAGCAGGACUACGUGCUGGUGGUGCUGAGCCUGGCCCUGGGCGUCAAGGCAAGCACAGUGUCCGCCGCCUGGGCCAUUGGCGCCUACAAGUCGCUGGCCAAGCCCUACCGCAAGAAUGUCAAGCACAUCGUGCUAGUGCAGCCCAGCGCCUGGGCGCGCGCGCUGCUGGCCCUGGCGCAACCCUUCGUCAGCCGGAAGGCCGCACACAAGAUCAAGAAGAUUGAUAACCUGGCCCAGAUUGCGGAGGCCACCAACAACGAGGUGAAGCUGGAGAGCCUGGGCGCGCGCUUCAUCCGGGAGGUGCAGUACGGCCUGGGCGCGCCGCCUCUGGCCGGCCUGGUCCCGCCCGGCGGCCCCAUGCCGCGCGGCCCCGGUGGAACCAUGCUGCCGGGCGGCGGCCCGCCCCGCCCCAUGGGCCCGCCGCAGCAGCCGGGCAUGCCCUUUCCUGGACCUGGCGGCCCGCAGCGACCCCCCGUGCCCAUGAACCCGCAGCAGCAGCAGAUGAUGAUGAUGCGGAUGCAGCAGCAACAGCAGCAGCAGCAGCAACAGGCCGCGAUGCGGGGCCAGCAGGGCGUGACGCAAGGCCCGCAGCCACAUCACGGCGCCGCCGGCGGGAUGCCAAUGCCGCAGCAGCUGCAGCUGCCGCCGGCGCCGGGCUCUCGGCCACCCACCGCGGGCAUCGCCACACCGGUCUACGGCCCCGGUGGCCCGGGUCCAGCCACGGCGCAGGGCGGACCUCGGCCCGGUACGAUGGCGCCAGGACUUGGUAGCCCCUACGGCCUGGGCGGAUACGGGCCCGCGCCGGGCGGGUCCCCGGGGCCACACAGCCAGGGGCCGGCCGCUUAUGGGUACGUCACGCCGCCGCCCUCUGGCCGCCCCGUCGGGCCAGCGUAGAGGCAGGUGCAGCACCGCAGUAGUGUGAGCAGGGGCAGGACGGACCUGUUGGCUGGGUUGGGGGGAGUUGUUGGUACCGGACAGUCGUGAGGCAUCUAUUGCAUACGCGCGUGCGCGCGGUGACACUAACACACUUGCGGGCCGUAUCCGAGCGAGCGAGAGGGAGAUUGACUAGGUGAUUCCAUAGGCGUGCCGAAAAGGUUGAUUGCUGGGACGAGUAUCAGGACUGCGACGGGUGAAGCGUCGGCUGGUGGCGGGAAUGCACAAGUGGCUUACGAAUGGCUAGCGGCUGGCGCUGCUGUACGGGGCUCCGCGGCGGAAGAGCUGUCGUGCGUACGGGUUCUUUCAGCGCUUUUCCUCUGACAUACGGUUGCUCUGGUUGUCGCCUGGCUAGGCGUCUACCUGACACACAACUUGCGUGGGAACGCGGCGAUGGCAAAAGCCAUGAAUAGAGAAAUGAAAGCUAGUGUGAAUGCAAAUGCUAGACGCCAUCGAGUGCUCCAGGCUAGCAAGCAGCAAGAAAGAAGUUAGAGUUAGCAGCAAUUGCGAUUGCUUGUUACCUUUCGAGAUGAGACA